UUCAUCAGAAUGAAGACGUUAGUUAGUCGUAAUAUCAGAAGCAAAUAUGAAAACAAACAAAACCGAUAGUUACUGGAAAUAUCACAAACCAAAAAUGAACACAAACAAACACGGUAGUUAUGAUAAUCCCACAAAGUAAAUACGAUAACAAACAGACCAAAGAAUAUAACAGCCUCCUCGGCAGCGAAAACAGUUAAAGGUAAUCUCACCACAAACAACAUUACGAAACCUCCCCGCACGUGAAAAGAGUAUUGGGUAAUUUCACAUUUCAAUCAAACAAACAAACAACAACAAAAAAAAACAAGAACAGCGAAAUUGCGCUACCUCACCGCUAGCGAAAACGGUACGCCUCCGUCCGCGAGUACCACGUAAAGCCUCCAGACCUGGAUUCUGAAGCCGUCAUUCCCCGAGAUUCUACAGUGAGGUCAACAACGUCAAAUCAUGAUGGGCAAUACUAGUUCUUCCUUAGCCUCCUCAUCCACAGCGGAUGCGCAAGCUACGAAAGAGGUUAAUGUUGAAACUGUUGAGAAUGUAGAUGUGGUUGCUGUGAAAGGCGAAGAUGCUGCUGAAGGCGGUGUGGCUGCAGAGAAAGGGGAGGUUACUGCAGAGAAGAGUGAAGAUCCUGCUAAGAAAGGUGAAGAUGCUGCUGAGAAAAGUGAAGAUCCUGCUAAGAAAGGUGAAGAUGCUGCUGAGAAAAGUGAAGGUGCUCUUGAAGAUGUACAGGAAGACAGUGAGGAAAAGUGUGAUGUUGAAAAGGGCGAGGGUAGUGGAGGCAAAGAACAGAAAGAAAAAUGUUCUGACCUCGCUGAUAAGGAAAGCGCUAAAAAACCCGAAGAGCGUGAUGUUGGCGAAAAGAAGGCAGAGAAGAGUGAUGUUGGCGAAAAGAAGGCAGAGGAGAGUGAUGUUGGCGAAAAGAAGGCAGAGGAGAGUGAUGUAGGCGAAAAGAAGGAAGAGGAGAGUGAUGUUGGCGAAAAGAAGGCAGAAGAGCGUGAUGUUGGCGAAAAGAAGGCAGAGAAGAGUGAUGUUGGCGAAAAGAAGGCAGAGAAGAGUGGUGUUGGCGAAAAGAAGGCAGAGAAGAGUGGUGUUGGCGAAAAGAAGGCAGAAGAGGAGGAUAGACCCGACAUUAAGACCUUGAACAACAAGGGCGAAGGUGGGAGUGCCUCCGCGACCCCUCAGAGCGUCCCCGAGAGCAAAGCCGAUCCUGCAACUGCGACGAAGGACGGCGACGACCAACCCGACGCCGCCAAAGCCCCCGACAGCGACUCCGACGACGCCGCCAGCGCCCAGGGGGACAGCAGCGGCUACGAGGACGUCCGCACCAGCGACUCGGACGACGCUGGGGCCGAGAAGGCACCCGCCCUGAAGACGAAGGCCAAGCCGACGCAUCCGAAGUACCGGGAGAUGAUCGCCGCGGCGCUGAAGGCUCUGAAGGAGCGCACCGGUUCCUCGCGCCAGGCCAUCCUCAAGUACAUCCUGACCAAGUACGAGGUGGGCGACGAGAAGGUCGUGGGCGUGCAGCUGAGACUCGCCCUGAGGAAGGGGCUGGAGUUGGGCGUCCUGGAGCAGGUCAAGGGCACGGGGGCGUCGGGUUCGUUCAAGCUGGCCAAGGGCGACGCCGCCAAGAAGUCCCCCGUCAAGAGGGAAGCGCCCAAGGAGUCCAAGGAGGAGGCGAGCGAGAGGAAGAUGGCGCUCAAAUCGGCGGCCAAGAAGCUGGGAGUGAAAUCGGCCGUCAAGAAGACCUCGAUAGCCAAGAGGACGUCGGCGGUGAAGGCCGCAGCCGCUAAGAACACCAAGAGGAAACCAGCUGCACCGACCAAGAGCACAGCCAAGAAAACCGCCGCAAAGAAAGCCACGACCGCAAAGAAAACCGCUGCUCCGACCGCAAAGAAGGCCGCGGUUUCCAAGACGGCGGCGAAGAAGACAGCCCCGGCGGCGAAGACCAAGAAGAAGGCGACUCCUGCCAAGGUGACCACUGCAAAGACCGCGACGAAGAAAACGACGCCCGCAAAGAACAUCAAGAAGACGAAUCCCACAAAGAAAACAAGCAAGACAACAAAGUAAAACAAUCCACCAAUCCAAGAAGAAGACAAAAUCCAACAAAAAGAAAACGAACAAGUCGACAAAACAAAACUAGACCAAUCCAAGAAGAAGACAAAACCCAAUAGAGAAAGCAAACAAGGAAGCAAAACAAAGGUAAAACCAACCCAUCACCGUCAAGAAGGAAUCCGGUAAACAGAAACAACCUUCUUCUAAUGGCUAUUGAUUGCUGCAUUUGCAACGAAAACUUAUUUUGAAGCUGAUGUUUUUUUUUCUUCUAUACACUGUAUUGUCUUCCAUUCUGU